AGCAAGAGAGAGAGGGAGGGAGGAGAAGGAGGGAGGGUGAUAUUUUCCAUAAAGCCUUUUUUCUCGCUUUCUUUCUGCCCUUGAGCAUCCCGGGUAAACCCAAGCUUGUAAAGUAGGAAGAGGAAGAGGAGGAGGAGAGGGGGGAAGAAGGGCGGGCACAAGCCUUUCCUCAAAGUCAAUAUUUUAUACUUUUGAUACUCCUUGACGCUGGAUUUCACUCCUCUUUUCCCAGCCCUUUCCAGAUCUAGGACACCGAUCUACCGUGCGCAGUCAUCCACGGUGUGAUUAAAAAAAAAAAAAAGUAUCCGGGAGAAGAGCAAAAACAAACAGCGAGACGGGGCAGCCAGAUAACGGGAGUACAGCGAGGACCGCGGCGUGGAACGAGUUCAGUGGAUGAUCGGGGGGGGGGGGCAUCUUUUUUUUUGCCCAAAGACGGGGACGUGCAUGUUCCCGGACCUCACUCGCGGAUGCAUGUUAGAAAGAGAUUAAGGAUGUGCUGAAUGAAUGAGGAUACGUUGCUCAUCACACCAACUCCCUACAUUUGUCCUCAUUUCGCCACAGGACAAUCAGAGGAGCUCGGCCAGUGCAAAACGUCCAAUGGAUAUACCUGAAGACGCAGCGUCCUCUCCGACCAGCUCCACUGUUUCCCAGCAGGACACCGCUCUCUGAGACAUGGACCCGCGUGAACCUCUCUCACCCAACACCCUGCAACACUAUGGUUAAAGUGUAUGCCGAGAUUCAUCUCUGUAACAUUAUCCGCCUCUCCACCCACCGCUCAUCUUCACCAGGAAGUCAGACGUCGAAACAAGACAGUGUCCCCCUCUCGGCUCUGUGGAGUCCGUCGAUAUCUGUGAAGAGACACUGAGCGAAAGUUCCCGACACAGCGACCUCUUGUCGUUUAGGGCAUCUAUAAGCCCGGAGGCGAGCUGUGCCAAUCUACCUGUACCUCUCCAUUCACAGUACAGCAGUAUGGCGGUAGGGAUGUCCACCACUUCCUUAUGAUUACCACUCCAUGCACCUCACCUCUCCUCUGAGCUCCGUGCCCCCUCACCUUGUGCCGGACCCCGCUCCAAAAACACCCCCCCAGCCUGCCAUGCUCCUCCAGGCCGUGUGUCUGCUGCUGCUGCACUGCUUAGCCUCCACUCUGGGCCAGUACGAACUGUGCAAGUCCCUGGUGAGCACGGAUGAGGGCUCGGUGUGGGAGCAGUACGCGUGCCAGCCGAAAACCGCGUCCAUGCGGGAAUACAUGCGGAUCAAGGUGGAUCCGCCUGGAAUCACAUGCGGAAACCCGCCCGAGAGGUUCUGCACUCUGGAGAACCCAUACCUGUGCAGUGAUGAAUGUGAUGCCUCCAACCCGGACUUGGCCCACCCUCCUCAGCUGAUGCAGGACAAAGAACGCAACAGCCUACUCACCUACUGGCAGACAGUCACAUGGAGACGGCACCCAGAGCCCCUGCUGGCCAACAUCUCAAUGUCCUGGAACAAGAGUCUGGAGCUCACAGACGAUAUCCAGAUCACCUUCGAGUACGGCCGUCCGUCUAUCAUGGUGCUGGAUAAGUCCAUGGACCACGGACGCUCAUGGCAGCCCUACCAGUUCUACGCUGACGACUGCAUGGACUCCUUCAACAUGCCGCCCAAACGCAUGAGCGACCUCUCGCCCGCCAACAUCACGCGGGUCAUCUGCACCGAGCAGUACUCGCGCUGGGUCGGCUCCAAGAAUGACAAGAAUGUGAAAUUCGAGGUGCGGGCGCGCUUUUCUGUGUUCGCAGGAUCGCGGCUGCAGAACAUGGACAGCCUGUUCACUCGCAUGGAAAGUAUGAAGGGAUUGAGGGACUUCUUCACCUUCACCAACCUGAGGAUGAGGCUUCUCAGGCCCGCCCUCGGAGGCACCUAUGUCCAGAGGGACAACCUGCUUAAGUACUUCUACGCCAUCUCCAACAUCGAGGUACCGGCCAGGUGUAAGUGUAACCUCCAUGCCUCCCAGUGCCUGCUGCAGGAUGGGAACCUCCAGUGCCAGUGUGAACACAACACCACGGGCCAGGACUGCCAGCGCUGCAAGAAGGGCUUCAAAGCCAAGUCCUGGAAGGCUGGUUCCUACCUGCCAACACCCAAUGGAACCCCCAACACCUGUACAAUUGCUGGUUCCCCCUCCGGUUCCAACUGUGAGUGCUACAGCCACUCCAACCGCUGCAGCUACAUCGACUACCUGAACAUCGUCACGUGCGUCAGCUGCAAGCACAACACCAGGGGCCAGAACUGCCAACACUGCAGACUGGGAUACUUCCGCAACGCCUCUGCCGAACUGGAUGAUGAGAGCGUCUGCAUCGAGUGUAACUGCAACCAGAUGGGUUCGGUUCAUGACCGAUGUAACGGCACAGGCUUCUGCCAGUGUAAAGACGGUGCCACGGGGGCCAAGUGUGACGACUGUCUGCCAGGAUACUACUGGAAACAAGGCUGUUACUCUAACGUUUGCGACGAGGAGAUGCUCCUGUGCCAGAACGGAGGAACAUGUUUCCAGAGCCAGAAGUGCAUCUGUCCUCCAGAGUUUAAAGGGUUACUGUGCCAAUCCCCCCGCUGCGAGGCCGGCAAGGACUGCAACGCCGCCUCUUCCCUGCACCUUACCACGGCCACCCUGCUGCUCUGCACUCUGCUAGCCCACCUGCUGGCCACGUUAACUCCACACUGAGCCACGAAAUGCCCCUCGGACUAAGGAGAGUGUGUGUGUGUGUGUGUGUGUGUGUGUGUGUGUGUGUGUGUGUGUGUG